AGGUGACAUAUUUGUCACUGAGCGCAACGUCACAGCGCGUGCGUUUGACAGUAGUGUCCGUGGUAAUGUUUUUCGCUGUCUUAAACAGUUAUCUUUGAACAGGCAGCAAUGACGAAUGAGGGCAAAGAAAAGCCUCGGUUUUAUACCUGUGACUGUUUCACGACUGAUAACAUUUUCCUGGAGGAAUACAAGCUUCAUGUUCGUUUUGUGUCCGAGCAGCAGUUCAGGCUGGACUACCAAGCACUGCUGAAGAAGUUGGGCUGCGUCACGGAUGAACAGUUUGAGGGAGUGCUCAACAAGAUUUCCCAGGAAGUGGCCAGACGAAAGUAUCUAGGUGUGACAUCUGCUCAAAGAGCUGCUGCUAUCAAAGAUAUGUACCAGCCUCUGCAUCCUCAUGUCUACCAUCUCCAGGAGUCCUACCUUGCUUCAGAGUUCAAACAGAUUGUUGAGUACUGUCAAAGCAGCAAUGCCACCGAAGAAGGCCUCUUAGACUUGUUGGAGGAACAAGCGGCUCCAAGAGUGUAUCGCUUUCCUUUGUUUGACAAGAGCUUCUGUGAGGAUCUGAUGGAGGAGUUGGAGCACUUUGAGCAGUCUGGAGCCCCUAAAGGAAGACCCAACACAAUGAACCAAGCGUCCAAAUCAGGACAUGAUUAUUUGGAGACGGCAACCACCAGCAAUCCGUGCAGUCAAAAGUCACCUCAAGGUACUUUAUAUUUUAAGAUUCUCCUUAAUGAGCUGGGCUUUGACGAGCACUUCAUCACACCUCUCCGUGAACAGUACUUGCUGCCACUCACCUCCCUGCUUUAUCCAGACUGUGGGGGGCGCUGUCUGGAUAGUCACAAGGCCUUUGUGGUCAAAUAUGACAUGAAUGAAGAUCUGGACCUGAGCUACCACUAUGACAAUGCAGAAGUCACCCUGAAUGUUUCACUGGGCAAGGAGUUCACUGAGGGCAACCUUUAUUUUGGUGAUAUGAGACAGGUUCCUGUAAGUGAGACGGAGUGCUCAGAGGUUGAACACAGGGUGACUGAGGGCCUCCUCCAUCGGGGUCAACAUAUGCACGGUGCUUUACCCAUCUCUUCUGGUCAGCGCUGGAACCUCAUCAUCUGGAUGAGAGCCUCACAGGAACGAAAUAAACAGUGCCCCAUGUGCAACAGGACCCCCACAUUGGUGGAAGCGGAGGGCUUUGCUGAUGGCUUCACAAAACACUCUGAGCCACCACAGAACAUCUCAUGUGCGCUGACGUGAUGCAUCCAGUUCCUUUUGACUAAAGACUGGACUGGCUGAUUAUAGGAAAAUGUUAAAGUGAAUGAAUUCUUAUGGAGCACUAUGACUCAUUUGAAAUUGGGAUGAUUCUUUUAUAAAUAUUAGUAAUAGUCAAUUCAGAUUUAUUUAUAUACCGCCAAAUCACAACAAUAGUUGCCUCAAGGUGUUUUAUAUUGUCAGGUAAAGACCCUACAAUAAUAGAGAAAAGCCGAACAAUCAGAUAACCCCUCCCUAUGAAUAAGCACAUUGCGACAGUGGGGAGGAAAAACUCAGUUUGAACAGGAAGGAGGAGGCUUGGGGAGGAACAGUCAUCUGCGGUGAAUAGUAGUAAUAAUAAUACUGUGCUCAGAUAUUCAGUGCAGUGCCCUGUUUUUUAAUAUUUUCUAGAGAUAAUAUUGCCAGUCAUCAUGGGAUAUUGCAUUUUCAGAAUCACCAAUCAGAUCUUAUUAAAACAGUUUAAAACUUUGACUUUUUACUAAAAUAAGGAUUUAGAAUUCUCUUUUUCGCCCUGGAAGUUUUUCUUCUACCAACUUCUUUGUUGUUGCGCAAUUGUUCUUUGGAUUUCAGUCAUCAGUAGGUGUCUCUUGUAUGUUUGAGAAUCUACAAAGUCAGAAUUUGUACGGGGUCAUCUAUCAUAUUUUAGAUCAAUGCAUUUCUAAGAAGAUGGCAUAUUUAUUUAUAAAUGUAUUUAUUGAAGUGUGUGGCUGCAGAAGUCCACAUUGCUCAUAUUAAAGCCUUGUUGUAUUCCCCCACCCGAUACAUGAGGUUUAAUGUUUAGCAAAAUGUGCCUCAUUGGUCUUGGAUCAGAAGGAAUGAAAGCACUGCUGGAAUAAUCAACAUUUGCUAAGCCACAGAUUUGGCUGCGAUACAUCCCUGCUGUAUACCUCUGAGGAAAAAA